CAAACAUUCACUUUGUCAGAAGCUGUGGAAGCAAUUGGAAUGGGAAAGUUCCAGAUCCUACUCAUUCUUAUGGCUGGCUUUGUCAAUGAUGAUAAGUGUAUAAAAAUAGGAAUAUAUAAAGAAAUAGGUGUCUUAAGGAUACUUAGCAUCAGUUUUAGAACUUUGCUGUAAGCAUGAUUUUUUUUAUGUUGUUUAGUAUGUUAAGAGGGGCACCUGUAUAGUAGAGUUAAUUCUACAUUAAUUCACAAUUUCCCAAACCAGUUGUAUUAUGAUUUUACCUAACAUAUUUAUUUUUUUAGGAUCUAUUACGAUAGUCUGAGACAAGGAAAAUAGUAGAUGGAAACUUAAAAGGAGGGAAACAUUUGAAGCAGGAGAUUUUGUGAUUACAAUAAUUUUAGAUGGAGGAAGUAAUGUGUCAUAAGAAGUGAUAGUACUCUGUGUCUUAUUGUAAAUACUGUUAAGUUAUGUUUGUAAAGAGUAUUUAAUGACAACUGAAAAAAAAAAACACAAGUCUAAAAGUGUAUCCACUUUGUGGAAUUUUCUAACUUUUAGAUGUGUGAUUCCUUGGAACUCUUGUUGCUUGCGGUUUUAAGUCCAGCAGUACACUGUCUGUGGCAUUUGUCAUCAUGGGAAGAGGCUUUCAUUACUACAAUUGUUUUUGUUGGUAUGGCUGUUGGCUGUCCUGUGUGGGGCUGGUUAUCUGACAAUUUAGGACGAAAAAGUAUGAUUAUUAUAAGUGCAAGCUGGCUCUGGUAUUUUGGUUUCAUUAGUUCUUUUUCACCGCAUUACUUCUGGCUUGUUGCAUUAAGAUGCUUGGUCGGAUUUGGAAUUGGUGGUAUACCAACAAUGUACACACUUCUAAUUGAGUUCCUUCCCAUUCAUAUGAGGUCAUACAUCAUCUUGUGCCUUGCUUUUUUCUGGGCACUUGGAUCAACUUUUAUGGUAGUUGUAGCUCUUAUUGUCAUGCCCACACGUGGCUGGAGGUGGAUGACGGCUAUUGCGACAAUCCCUGUUAUUAUAUUUAUCAUUUUAUGUAGGUGGUUGCCAGAAUCACCUCGGUAUCUGAUUACUGCAGGUGAAAAAGAGGAGGGAAUGGAGGUAUUGAAACGUAUGGCCAGAAUCAAUGGCUCCAAGCUCCCACCAGGAACUCUUAAAAUUGAGACAGAGACUGCUGAACAAGGGAAAAUCCAAGUUCUUUUUAACUCAGAAUAUAGAUUGACAACCCUUCUUCUGUGGCUAACUUUGUUCACUUCUGGAUUUUUGUACUAUGGUGUUGUGUUAAUGUCAGCGCAAGUUCUUCAGCAAGUCAGACCAGAUGAGAGUAUAUGUGAUAGAGAGAGUUUGUCUACUGCUACUGUUGGAUGUGGCUGCCAACUUCUUACAGUCAAUGAUUAUAUGAACCUUCUUUGGACAACAAUAGCUGAGUACCCUGGAAUAUUGUUUACGAUGCUCUUUAUGGAGAGGCUUGGUAGAAAGAAAACUUUAGCUGGAGAGUUCUUUAUAAUAGCUGCAUGCUUGGGACUCAUGUUUAUUUGUACUGAGAGAACUUUAUUGCUGGUACUUUUAUUCUUGGCUCGUGGGAUGUCAUUAGGUGUCUUCCAAGGGUUUUUUGUUUAUGCCCCCGAGGUUUAUCCCACAGUCAUCCGAUCAUUAGGAUUCGGGUUUUGUUCUACCUGGGCUCGUAUUGGAGGAAUGUUAACACCUUACAUAGCUCAGGUAUUGCUGCGAGUGUCAUGGAACUUGUCUCUGAGUGUUUAUAUAUCACUUAGUGUGAUGUCUUUAGUGGCUACACUACUGCUGCCUUAUGAAACCAAGGGACGCCCAAUGCAGGAAAUGUGACAAAAAUGAAUCUACUCCUUCAGAACACUAUAGUUGAAUAAUUAGUAGUUUGAUUUGAAAAAUCAUGGUUUAAUUUCCAGUAACACUCAAUUUGAACUUGUACGAUCAGAUGCACAGUCAACAGUAGUUUUAAAGGUGUUGUAAGUUUCUAAAGAAAUUGUAGUGCCGUGUCAGUGAGUG